CGCAGCGCGAAGCAGCUGUCAUGGCGGAAGCGGUCUGGAGCACUGACACCGGCGAGGCCGUGUAUCGCUCCCGGGACCCCGUGCGCAACCUGCGCCUCCGAGUUCAUCUGCAAAGAAUCACAUCAAGCAACUUCCUUCAUUACCAGCCUGCUGCCCAGAUGGGGAAGGACCUCAUAGACUUGGCCACUUUUAGGUCUUCUCAAGCUCCUAGUGGACACCGCCCUGACGAAGAAGAGGAGGAAGAGGUUAUAAUUGGAUGGCAGGAAAAGCUCUUUAGCCAGUUUGAAGUUGACCUGUACCAAAACGAAUCCGCAUGUCAGAGCCCAUUGGAUCAUCAGUACCGCCAGGAGAUCCUGAAGCUGGAGAAUUCCGGCGGCAGGAAAAACCGGCGAAUCUUCACUUACACCGACUCGGAUAGAUACACCGACUUGGAAGAGUUCUGUCAGAAAAUAACCACUUCAGCCAGCGAGACGCCAUCGUUUCUGGUCGAGCGGAUGGCAACUGUGAGGCGGCGGCGCCAGGACAGGCGAGGGGUAGAGGGCAGCAAACUCAAGUCUCGGAUGGUCACGUGGGAACCCUCGGAAGACUUCAUCAGGAACAGCCACGCUAUCAACACUCCUCUUCAGACAAUGUACAUCAUGGCUGACCUGGGGCCCUAUGGAAAGCUUGGCUAUAAGAUACAUGAACAUGUCCUCUGCAUCCUGAAGGUGGACAGCAAUGGGGUGAUCACGGUGAAGCCUGACUUCACAGGCAUCAAAGGACCCUACAGAAUCGAGGCUGAGGGAGAGAAGCAGGAGCAUAGUUCUGCUUGGAAAUACACAAUUGACAACGUGUCCUCCCUCGCACAGCCAGAGGAGGAAGAGCGGGAGCAGCGUGUAUUCAAGGAUCUUUAUGGCCGGCACAAGGAGUACCUCAGCAGCCUCGUGGGUACAGACUUUGAGAUGAUCACCCCAGGGGCCUUCCGGCUGUUUGUGAAUGGGGAGGUAGUUUCAGCCCAAGGCUAUGAGUACGACAACCUCUAUGUGCACUUCUUUGUGGAGUUGCCGGCUACUAACUGGUCCAGCCCAUCCUUCCAACAGCUCUCCGGAGUAACCCAGACCUGUGCCACCAAAUCCCUGGGAAUGGACAAGGUGGCCUAUUUCUCCUUUCCAUUCACAUUCGAAGCCUUCUUUCUGCACGAGGAUGAAUCGGUUGAAUCCCUCCCGGAGUGGCCCGUGCUCUAUUGUAAGGUCCUCUCCCUGGACUUCUGGCAGAGAUAUCGAGUGGAAGGCUACGGGGCAGUGGUGCUGCCUGCCACCCCAGGAUCGCACACCCUGACUGUCUCCACGUGGAGGCCCAUGGAGCUGGGCCUCGUGGCAGAGCUAAGGAGGUUCUUCAUUGGCGGGUCUCUGGAGCUGGAGGACCCAUCCUACGUGAGGAUACCAGGAACCUUCCAGGGCUUUUAUGGAAUCAAGCUCCCUCCGGAAACAGAUGCGGAGCGUGCUGGACCGUCUGGAAGGGUUCAGCCAGCAGAGUUCCACGCACAACGUGCUAGAAGCAUUCCGUCGAGCUCGGCGCCGCAUGCAGGAGGCCCGAGAGAGCCUUCCCCAGGACCUUGUGAGCCCCACGGGAACGCUGGCCUAGCUCCGCAGCCCUGGCCUGUGGAGCAAGGGAAAGAUGUCUGCACCCAGGGUUCUCGCUUUGUCUUGCUUACUAGAGACCACAUUGGUCUACCAAACUGGAUGAUCUAGAACCUUCCAGCGGGCUCCUCUGCAUAGCCUUCUGCAGGAUUAUUAUUUCUUCAAAGUAGAAGGAAAGCCGGACCCUCUGGGGCCCCACCUGAUGACCUGUCCAUGUUUUGGCUAUCAAACAUGGGCGUCAUAACAAGACAGGCUGUGUAGUCUGAAACUUGUUUGGGGUAAACCCAGCAUUAGCCUGUCCUCAAUACAGUGUCUUUUCUGGUUUGUCACAGAGCCUCUGUGGCAGAGGGCUCCAAAAUGGAGUUUGGCAGCCAGGAGUAAUGGUGCAUAUCUUUAAUCCCAGCACUCAGGAGGCAGAAGUGGGAGGAUAUCUCCAGUUUGAAGGGAGCCUGGUCUACUAGUGAGUUCUGGGACAACUAGAGCUAUGUAAUGAGACCCUGUCUCAAAACAAAAAACAAAAGCAAAACAACAACAACAAUAUGGAGUUGGCAUCUUCCAAUGAGGAAGAUUGAUUUGAGAGCUCAGUCUUCUGUUCCUUUCAAGAAAAGAUGAGGGUAAGAGGCCUCAACUUCCGGGCUAAGUUUCUGUCCCCUUACAGUAUAGGGCUGGCAGGCUUUAGGAUAUGACCUGGGGUAGUUCUCAGUCCUUCCUGCCAGCUGGGUGGGGUCUUUUAUAAUAUUUGUAUUUUUGGUUUGUUUUUCAUAUAAAAAGUAUUUAUAUUAACUGA